CGUGCCGCGCUGCGCUGCGCGGGGGUUGCGCGGGGCUGUGCGCUCCGCUCCCUGCGCCGCUCCGCUCUCUGCGUGCGGCCGCUGCGCGGAAAGUGAGCGGAGCAGCGCGGAGCGGGGCCGCCAUGGCGUGGCCCUGCAUCACCCGCGCCUGCUGCAUCGCCCGCUUUUGGAACCAGCUGGAUAAAGCCGACAUCGCCGUCCCUUUGGUUUUCACCAAAUAUUCCGAAGCCACCGAGCAGCCCCUCCCCGCGCAAAUCCCGCGCAGCGCGGCGGCGCCCAUCGAUACCCAACCCGGCGGCGAUGCCGCGGCUGCGGGCGGGGGGGACGCGGCUCCCGGCCCCGCACGGCCCGGAGCGGCCCCGCACGGCUCUCCGCCCGCGGACUCGGUGAUGCGGCACGACUACAAACCCUGGAAGGUGCAGCGCCCCGAGCCCAGCUGCAAACCCAAAAGCGAGUACCAGCCGUCCGAUACGCCCUUCGAGAAGGAGACGCAGUACCAAAAGGAUUUCCGCGCUUGGCCCAUCCCUAAAAGAGGGGACCACCCGUGGAUCCCCAAACCGGGUCCAUCCCCCGUGCUCGGCCCUGAGCGCGGAUCUCCCGAGAAAGCGGCUCAGGAGAAGAGGAGGAAGAAGGAGGAGGAGGCGGAGGCGGACGAGGAGCAUCCCAAGGCGGCCCGGCCCGGGGACAGCCGAGAGAAGGGGCGGCAGAGGGGCGAGGAAGCGGGCGGGCAGGAGGGCCGGGGCCGGGCGGCCGCCGAUGCUCUCAACCGGCAGAUCAAGGAGGAGGUGGUGGCGGCGGGGGUCAGCUCGUCCUACAGAAAUGAAUUCAGACCAUGGAUAGAUGUCAAGCCCGUGAAGGCUAUAAAAGCGAAGGCCCAGUACAAGCCUCCAGAGGAGAAAAUGACCCAUGAAACCAGUUACAGCGCUCAGUUCAAGGGGGAAACCAGUAAGCCUGCUCCAGCUGAUAACAAAUUCCUGGAGCGCAGGAGGAUACGCACUCUCUACAGUGAACCUUACAAAGAACCUCCAAAGGUGAGGAACACAGCAGAAGAGCCCCAGGACCACCCCUGCUCCUGGUGGGACGUGUCCAACACAGUGGAAAAGCCUAGCGUAAAGCCUUCCAAACCAAAAAAGACCACAACAAGCCAUAAACCCUUGAAAAAGGCCAAAGACAAGCAGAUUGCAUCUGGACGGGCUGCCAAGAAAAAGAGCGCCGAGACCUCCAACACAGCAAAGCCAGAGGACAAGGAGAAAAGUAAAGAGAUGAACAAUAAACUGGCUGAGGCAAAAGAGUAAAUGUCACUGCACUUUCCUUUCUUUCUCUUUUUUCUUUUCCUUCUUCCUUUCCUUUUUUUUUUUCCUUUGAUUAAAUAAAGGCCACAAAAUUAAUUAGAGGCUUCUAAUCUGCUUUUUGUUCUGAUUGUAUUAGAAGCUUUUCUGUUUUAUUUCCAAGGAGGAUUAGCGAAUCCUUGUUUCUGAGGUCAGGUUGUUCUGCUUUGCCUGCACAACACGGCUCUGCACAGAGUGAGGACGAGCGCAGGAGGGAUGUGGGAAAGCAUGAGGAUCGUAGGAGAUGGAGUUUAUGGGUCAGCUGCUGUUGUGGCCAAGAGCCUGUCCCUGUCCGUGGUCCUUAAGUGCCAAUUGAGCUGCCACUGGGCUGUGCUCUCAUCCCACAGGGCCCUUUUUGGGGUUAGGCCAUUGCUUGGUUAUCUCCCACUGGUGUCAGCAGGCCUUUGAACAUGGAACUGCUGUGGAUUUGCCAUCAGUCCACUAGAACUGGGGGUGUGACCAAGAGCCAUUUCUCCUGGUGACACCAGUUGGAGUUUCCUUCCAGCAACAAAGAAAGUGAUCCCAUUGCAAAUGAAGGGCCAAAUCAUGCCCUGGCAUAGCUAGGGUAGAUGUUGUUGCAUCAGUGCAGCUUUACCCAUCAGCACCACUUGAAGGCCUUGAUACAAGAUAGGAGUGAGGGAAGGCGUGUAGGUCAGUUGGAGACUUCCCAAGUGUGUGGCCGGUCAGACGAGGUUAUCUGCAGGCUGUUCUUCCCGAUUGUUUCCCUUAGGAUGUGUAUCUUUUUAAUUGUCUCUGGUUUGUUUUGAAUCUUGGUCUGUUUUUUUUUUUACUUCUGGAGUGCCAGUAGACAGAGCUAGAUACCAGAACAAAGUUUCAUUUGCAGAUGUGGCUUUCCAAGGCUAUAAAGGAAUGAGUCACCAAGGUUGGCUGGAGCCAGCAGACUCUGUUAUUUUGACUCUGGCUGUUGGAGCUCAUGUUGGCUUGUAAGCACCCUACCAGGGCCAUAGACCAGUUGCUGGGAUCCUCAGAGUCCCUUCAAGCAGGAUCUCAGCUUUUCAGUGCUAUUUACUGUGCCCUGCAAGACUAGUCUGGAAGCUGCAAGCAGAGUGGGACCAUUUGUUAGCGAGUAUGAAGUAGGCUAGCACUCACAUGUUGAUGAGAUCGGGCACAUUUCCACAUGCUGGUGGGCCAGACUAGCAUAGCACACUCCAGAAUUUGGGUCGUAGAGCCAGUGGGAGCCGGGUGAGGUGUGGUCUUAAUCCAAAUUUGCAUGCGUAACUCUUGGAUUUGGUCCUAAAUAUAUUGGGAUUAACCCUAAACUGAUCAAACUGAGCUGUGAAACUCUCCUGUAGCAACUGCACAGAGUGGGUGCAAGUCAAGAUGCAGGGUCCUUCUUUGUUUUUGCAGUUCUACGUUUCCAUCCUAACACGCAGAAACUUUCAGAGAGCAGACAAUUGGGAAGAACAAAGAGAGAGAAGGGAGGUGGGGCAGGGGGGUGAUAUAAGAGGAAUUUCAGAAUUGUGUUGCUGUAGAGAUGUUGGAGUGAGGAAAGUCUUGCUGCUAGGAUAUUUUAGAGGUGUGAAACUAUCUAAUAGGAAGAGAAAUGGGCUGAGAGGGUGAAGAGUCUCAGUUUUGGAAUCUCACCCCAUUAGAAUUGGAUCUACGAGGCUGAAAAAAGUUUCCGAAGAGGAGGUAAGCUCUGUGGUAUACAGAUAGUGACAUUUGCUGGCCUUAGUAAUGAAUAAAUGCCAAGUUCAGUGUAUUGUGUGAUGUGUCCUGUUUGCCUUGCGCUAACAGCCUAAAGCUUUGAGUAUAAGUAAGUGUAGUGUUCUGAAUUCAGUGGUGUAUUUCCAAGCUUAGCUGUGUUAGAACUGUGUGCUAUGAGCUAGUCAGGUUGUGUAUGUGGAAAAUAUAUAUUCAUAUAUAGAAAUAUAUAUAUUUAAGCCUCCGAUAUUUAGGAGGAAACCAGGGAAAUCCUCCAGGAAGUAAAACUGUGGAAAUCUUUGCGAAUGUAAUGCAUUUUUGAUGUGCAUGCUCCAUGGAGACGCUGACUUGUCCAUAGUGGCCAUUGCUUUUCUGAGUGCUCAGAAUCCCCCGCAGCACUGCUGGAGUGCAGAGCUCAGCUCUGCCUGCAGAGCAGCUCAGCAAAAGGCUUGCAUUGAGCUCGCAGAGGGGAAUGCUGCCCCCAGCUCUUCCCACCCUGGUGCAUGAGGGACAGCUGGCCAGAGGAGCCUGAGCUUCCAGGACUCUGUGUGAUUUCUUGGCAUCUAGGUGCUCCAGCCAUCUUCACACUCUACAAUAAAGUCCAUUCUUGUCUCAGGAUAUGGCAACAGCUGUGAAGAUGACGUGUCACGGCAGGCAGAAAAUAUCAGGAAGGCAUGUAGACAGUUAUCAAUAGCCCACCACACCAUAAGAAAAGACCAUGCAAAACCAUUCUUGGAAUUAUUUUUUGGCCCUAAGUUUCGCAUUUGAAGAGAUAGUGCAGUUACCACCAUUUCGAUUUGAAUGCAGUGGUAAUUUAUCCCUUGUUCCAAUGGGAAUCAAAUUUUGCCCAAAGGACUGUCAGUAAGAGCCAUGCUCAGACCACCUACUCCAAGCAUAUCCACAGUCUGGAUCAACUACUUGAUAUCCAGGAUUGCUUCUUCACAAUGAACAGCAUCCCUCGUGGUGUUUGCAUUAAAUAUGCACAGUGCGUGGUCAGAAUAUGGCCUCACAUUUCCUUAAUACAUGAUGGUUUGGGUGGCAUCCAACUACAAAGCUAGAUGUGAAGUGUUAGCCAGCCAAAGCUCCUGCAGUGGAGACACCUUCCAAGUGCCACUGCUCUACGUGGUUUGGACACCUCUCUGGGUGGGUUGAACGACCCUUGGAAGGUUUCAAGUUUUGCAGAAUUAGACGGAGAAACUCUCAGGGCCUCCAUCUUCGGUAGCCAUAAAGUAGAGCUAUAAAUUCCGGCCUUUGCUCCAUCUGCCCCAGGUCUUCAGCAUACGUCUGAGCACACAGUUUAGCUGUACGUUUGAUGCCAGGAACAGCAGCAGUCAGGCCUCAGGCUGAAAUCCCGCAUUGCUCAACCUUCCACAGACUUUACACCCACCCGACCCACUCAGGUUUAUCAGAAGAGAGACCAAAUCUCUGCCGUUUCAAGUUCACUUUGGACUCUGAGCUUGUCAAUCCCACUGGGAAAGAGUGCUCUGCUGUUCUGUGUUUCCAGCUACCACGAUGCUGAUUCUGUUUCACCGCUAACUUGUACUUUGUUUUGCUUUCCUUGUAAAAAGAAAAAAACAAUGUCGUGCUUUCUACCCUGUGAAAGUUCCUAUGCUGUCGGUUGCUUGCUUUCUCAUUUUCACUGUAUUGUACUGUUACUCCUUUCUGCAAAAUGGUGCUAAUUGCUUACUGAGCUCCUGUUUUCUGACUGCUUUGCACACCGAUCACCUGCUUCUUCAUUUGCAACGCGUCUGCUGUGAAAACAUGGCUCCCAUGAAUUCCACAAACUCUUGCCUCUUGGAGGCAGAUAGGAAGUGUCUAAUUAAUAUUUUGUGGCCUGGGUUUGGUUGCAUAUCACAGAUGGUCUCUUGUAAUGUGUGAAGCACACCUCCUCGUGGUGCUUUAUCAUUCUUGCUGUUCGUAUGAGAAUGACACACACACACACACACACACACACACACAGAUUAAUGUAUAGCCAAUUGAUUGUGACGUGCUUGUGAUCUUUGCUUGCUCAAAGGGUUUUUUUUCCAAUGAUAAAUAAAUGCUAAAGACAAAUACCA